AUGAGCGUCUCAAUGAGCGCCUCCGGAUUCCGUCUUCGGGUCGGGAAAGUCGAUCUCCCGCACAGGACGGAUCAUCGCGGCGGCUUCCAAUUGAUGAUGUUGCCAAAGCUUCAAUAUCUACAACCGUGUCGCCGUCAUCUUCGGAUUUUGAGAAACCCGUACUCGCUUCGAGUACCACAGCAUAUCGUGCCUCGCAUGAGGUUGUGGAUCGACGCGAAUACUCUGGCCGUAGUAGGUCUCCGCGAUCUCACCGUGGAGGCAUUUUACCUGACGAUCGGGACGACGGUUUGCGAGAUUCCAGGUCAAGCGCGUCGCGUGUCUCGCAAGACAGGAAUCUCCCCUCUGCGCCUAGUGCGACCACUUUAUCGUCUUCUCAAAGUCGUGCAUCUAAUGUAUCCUUAUUAUCUGCUCCAACGAGGCCUCGGGGAGCCUCUGGCUAUUCCAGUCGUGACCCGACAUGGUCGACCUCUUCAACACCAAGACGCACUCCGUCUACACCUCAUGCGCCACAUGCACCGCAUGCACCGCCCACGGGACCCCGACAUCGGUACGCAUACAGUCCUCCAGCUCAUGACCUUCAUCGUGCGCCGACUUAUCGACAUAGCAGCAAUGCCCCAACUGUUACCCUUAGCAUUUGAUUUCGUGAUUGAAAAGAGACUGAUGAACCUGAAGGCGGAUGAAGGGAAAUUGGUGGAACAAGCAUUGGACAAGCAGAUGUUGAAAAGACAAGGGCUACGGGAUUGGGACCGACUACAGCGUGAGAGCGCUCUUAACGCAUUGCGAAGUGAACUUGCAGAAGCUCACCUUCAGCGAAUGACGGAGGAAGAUAGGCUCGAAGAUCUUUUCUGGACGUUCACGGACUCUCUUUACAACACGGUGUUCAAGAUUCUCUUUAUUGGGUCUUCGACUUAUACCAUCUAUCUCAUGCUCAAUGACUACAAACCGACUCAGGACCCAAACACUGACACCUUCAAGGUGGAAUACCUUCUUGGUUUCAGUGCUCUUCUAGCCAUACUCUUCCCACAGCAAUACACAAUCUCCGAGAUCCUCUGGACAUUCUCAAUCUGGCUGGAAUCCGUUGCGAUCUUGCCGCAAUUAUUCAUGCUACAACGGACCGGCGAGGCAGAUACUAUUACAACCCACUAUCUCUUUGCGUUGGGUAUUUAUCGAGCGCUAUAUAUUCCCAAUUGGAUCUACAGGUUCUUCUUCGAGGGCUUUUUCCAUGCGAUCCCAGUUCUUGCUGGAAUCAUCCAGACCGUCCUCUAUUCGGACUUUUUCUACAUCUAUUACACGAAGUAA